UUUCAUAUGGGGCUCAAGCACCUCAUGUGCAGCAGAAAGUAGGCUUCUCCGCUAAACCGUUCCCAACUCAUCCCCAUCCUUUGACUCAUUUUUUAUAUUUUGCGACGUGCCGAGAACAUCAGCAGCUAUAAAAAUAACAUUCUAGUGAAUGCAAGUCCUGAAAACACGGUUUGCGCUCCACGUGGUCAAAAGGGGACUCAGGUCCUUCAGCUUCCCACACUGUGAGAGUUGGCGAAAUUCGCUUGCAGGUAGCACUAGAGGAAGAUCAGGACUGAUUUGUAUGGCGCAGAAUAAGAGAGCAAAGAAUCAACAUAAAGGGGCACAGCAGCAAGAGUGCAGCUCAUCCCAGCAGGACACUCAGCUACCUGCUCCAGAGAACGCUAUUCUGAUAGAUGGCAGCAUUUUGGAAGGUGGAGGUCAGAUACUGCGCAACUCGGCUGCUCUCUCAGUCAUCAUGCAAACUCCCAUCAGCGUGGAGAAGAUACGGGCAGGCCGAUCCAAGCCUGGGCUGAGGCCGCAGCAUCUGGCAGGCCUGAGGCUGCUGGAAAAUCUCUCAGGAGGCAGGCUUUCUGGGGGCGUAGAGUCCUCCAAAAGCAUUGUGCUGGAGCCUGCUGCCCUGCAGUGUGGGAACUUUGAGGGCAACACUGGCACAGCUGGCAGCUGCACUCUCCUUGCACAGGCCGCGCUUCCUUGCCUGCUGUUUGCUUCACCCACAGGCACGCAAGACAUGUCGGUGGUGGGCCUCCGAGGAGGCACAGAUGCAUCCAUGGCCCCGCCCGUGGGGUACAUGCAGCACAUCCUUCUGCCCACCCUGCGCCGCCUGUUUGACGUGGACAUUACAGAAAGGUUGGAGCGGCGGGGAUUUUUCCCGAAAGGGGGUGGCCACAUCAGCCUGGAAGUUAGAUGCCUGCCCAUCGGCGCCAAACUUCCGGCCUUCAACCUUACAAGUAGCAGUGAUGUCACCAGUGUGAAGCUUCUUGCGUUCAGCGCGGGGAAGCUCAAAGGCAGCCAGGGCGGCAAGCCCAGCAUCGUGGAUCGCUUGGCCAGCUCAGCUAUUGACGUGCUUAGACAGAAUCUUGGGCUGGACAUUGAGAUCAGCACAGAGUUCACAGAGGAGACAGAACAGUCAGCAUUCGGCAAUGGGGUUGGCAUGCUGUUGAUCGCAACAACAAGCGAGGGCUGUCUGCUGGGUGCCGCUGCCAUUGGGGAGAGGUGCAAGAGCUCGGAGCAGCUUGGCAAGGCGGCUGCACAGGAGCUCAUUAAUGACAUAUAUGCUGGCGGCUGUGUGGAUUGCUGGCUGCAAGACCAGCUGAUAAUCUUCAUGGCGCUGGCGGAUGGGGAGUCCAGCAUGACGUGCGGCGAGCCCACCCUGCACACUCGCACGGCCAUGGUCAUCGCGGAGCAGCUGACAAGCGCCAAGUUCACUGUCAGGCGGCCGGCCCCCCGCUCGCAGGAGCCUUGGACCAUCUCCUGCAAGGGUGCAGGAGUCGCUGCUGGCGGCCAUUCAUCUGACUUGUGAUGGCACAGCAGAAUCAUUUUUUUGGGGAAUGCUGAAAUGGCAACGAUGCUGAACUCAAUGUCUGGAAUAACCGUGAACCCAUGUACAGAAAUGCGAGCGCGUUCCAUGAGUUACAAGGCCUUUGUACAUAUACUUGUAGAUCUAGAGGUAUGCAGCCAUCAAGGCAGAGCGGGCGCCAGAAGAUAGGAGAAGAAAGGGCUGACUUGGAGGUGUAUGUCAUGCAACAACAAUGCAGUGCAACAAUGACGUGAUCCCUGCCCAGGAGCACAUAUGUGCAGGAAGUAGUAUUGUAGCAUGUAGAAAGGAAGUUCAAAGC